UUAGCUAGAUAACGGUACACGACGGACGUAACUGACCUUGUGCUGUGUGUAAACACCUGGGCCACCUGUAUACGGUGUGGUCUGUUUGCUGCAGCUGUAGGUGUUACUGCAGACCAUGAUGCUGUGGACCAUUAUUUCCUUCCUACUGUCGCUGCUCGGCCAGAAUUCCUGGGGACAAGGCAACUACGGCUUUACCCUCAACUCCUGGGACGUCAUCGGAGAUCUGAAUCAUUUCUGGAAAAGUACCGGGUUUUGCCCCCCACUGCCACAUUCUGAUGCCGCCAAGUUUGACCUCAGUCCCGACAUGCAGCAGAAUCUGGCCUACAUCGGCGCCAUGCCUCACAGAGGGAUAGAACAGGUCCGGAUACACUGGCUACUCGAGCUCAUCAAGGUCACGAGCGUCAACAACGGCAACGCGACGUACGACUUCACUGAUCUGGACAGUAUGAUGGACCUCCUGUAUGUGAACGGCCUGAAGCCAGGGUUUGAGAUCAUGGGGAACCCGUCCAACCUGUACACUGACCUGGAACACAAGACCCAGGUGUACAUGUGGCGGGACAUGGUGCAGACCAUAGCACAGAGAUACAUCAGUAAGUAUGGGCUGGACUACGUGAAGACCUGGAACUGGGAGACUUGGAACGAACCUGACUGCGGGGACUUUGAUAAUCUCAAAUUCACUGUACAAGGCUUUCUGAAUUAUUACGACGCAUGCUCCGAGGGUCUGAAGGCAGCUGACCCCAGCCUGAUACUGGGUGGCCCUGGCUCCGGCUGCGACUCCAUCAGGAGCGGGAUCCCAAGGUUCAAUAAGAAGUAUGCGGAGACUUUGCUGGACCACGUGGUCAAUGGAAGAAACUACUUCACGGGGGAGAAGGGGGUGAGGAUCGACUUCAUCUCCCUACACAGGAAGGGAGACUCUCACGCUGCCAACAUCAUUAACGCCGAGGUUGAUUCCGUGGCAGUCAUCCGGAAGCGACACCCAAGCCUGGCCAACAAGCCUUUCUUUAACGACGAGGCUGACCCCCUCGUGGGUUGGAGUAGACCAGAACACUGGCGGGGAACAUCCAGAUAUGCUGCAUUUGUUGCCAAGGUUAUAGCACAACAUCAAAAUGUCAUCAUACGUAACCAAACUGGAAAUAUCAAUUACCAGUUGCUAAGCAACGAUAACGGCUUCCUAAGUUAUUACCCAAACCAGUUUACACAGCGCACUCUACUAGCAAGGUUUCAAAUGAAUAACACCAGUCCAGCUCACGUGGCCUUUGUCAGGAAACCAGUAUAUGCUGCAAUGGCAAUGCUGUCGUUGCUAGGCGACCAACAAGUUAGUUUAGACAGCGGAGGCUUCUCCUGUGUGACACUUGCGUCCGUGUGCGGCCUGGCGUCCCUCCACCAGCCGGCAGCAGACCACAACAGUUCAGACAGCUGGCAGAGUGCACUGCUGAUCUACAACAACAACGACGUUGACGAUGGUAACUGGGGUAUUCUCAAUGUAGACUGGAACAUCAGGCCUCCACAGGGCACAGAAGAGCUGUUCAUGGUCCAGUACGGAGUCAACUGGGACAUGGGGGACCCCAUGGGGGUGUGGGGAGGCCUGUUCAAGGCCCCAGACUUCCCUACAGUCUCACAGUUCAAGUCCAUCAGGCAACAACAGGGUCCAGUGAAGUGGACGUCCUACCCAGUGUCGGCUAACGUUUCCCAGGUGCCGAUUCCACCCAUGUUCCAGCUCCUCACAGACAACGUGCUUCUGAUGCACCUGUGUGCCAAGUCCAAAUACCCUCCGGAGCAGGUAACUGGUCUACGCUUCAUCAACAUCACAUCGGGACAGAUUCUCGUUGUCUGGUCUGAUGACAACAUCAAGACCAAAUGUAUAUUCACGUACGUCGUGGAGUACUCUGCUGACGGAUCAGAAGCUGGGUUUAAGAGGGUCAACGAGGAAGACACCAUCGUCACGGCGGUCGUCAUUGCUCCACAACCUAAUCCUGCCACGGGCUACAUCGGCGACAAGAUGGUGACGGGCAGCUACAGGGUGAAGGCAGUGGACUAUUUCAAGAGACCAGGGCCAUACUCACAAACACAGAUAUACAAGUGACAUCAAUGAUAGAUUGGGAUACAAAAUGUCCUAUUGUAGCAGAACGAAAAUAAGACCAUGUAAUGAAAUGUGACUGUAAGUUGGACGUGCACAAAUAAAAGAUAGCUGUGUA